AUGGUGUUUGAGACUCUUAGAACACAAAAUCUUUAUGAGAAAAGGGAAAAAUGUUCGUUCUUGGUGGAAAAGGUGAUUUUCUUGGGUUAUGUUCUUUCCAAAGAAGACAAUUCGGUAGAUCAAUCCAAGAUUGAUGCAAUAAAGUCAUGGCCUACUCCUACUAUUGUUUCAGAACUCCGAUCAUUUCAUGGGCUUGCUUCGUUUUAUAGGAGGUUCAUUCACGACUUUAGGACCAUUAUGAGUCCGACCAAAGGUUAUUUGAAGAAGGAAACUUUCACAUGGGGGGAGGAUGCUCAAAAGACCUUUGCAAAAGUUAAGGAGUUAUUGUGUGAUGAUUCGAUUUUAGCACUUCUGGACUUUUCACAACCAUUCAAGGUGCUCGAUUAA